GCCAGAGGCCUCGUCGUUCCCACGCCGCCGCCGCCGCCUUCUCCUCCUCCCCCCCCCUUUCCCCGCCCCCUCCUCGGACGCGGGGCAACCAUGGCGGCUACCUGGGAAGAGAUCCUGAAGUUGUCCCAGCAGUUCCAAUCCGCCCAGUUCGCCCAGGCGACGCAGAGACUGUCGGAACGUAAUUGCAUAGAGAUCGUUUCUAAGUUGAUUGCUGAAAAACAGCUGGAAGUGGUGCAUACUCUUGAUGGAAAAGAGUAUAUUACUCCUGCGCAGAUUAGCAGAGAGAUCCGUGAUGAACUUCAUGUUCAUGGUGGUCGUGUAAACAUUGUUGAUUUGCAACAGGUAGUAAAUGUAGAUCUGCUCCAUAUUGAAAACCGAGCUAAUGACCUUGUCAAAUCAGACCGAACAGUUCAACUAGUAUUGGGGCAGCUUAUAGAUGAGAAUUACCUAGAUCAGAUAGCAGAAGAAACAAAUGACAAGUUACAGGAAUCUGGGCAAGUGAAAAUAUCUGAUUUGUGCAAGGCAUAUGACCUUCCUGGAGAUUUCUUGAAGCAGGCAUUUUCCAUCCGCCUGGGCAAAAUUAUCCAUGGGAAAAUUGAUCAGGACAACCGAGGAGUGAUUUUCACAGAUGCAUUUGUCACACGGCAUCGGGCCCGUAUCCGUGGUCUGUUCACUGCCAUUACCAGACCUACGCCAAUAAUUAACCUAAUAACUCGGCAUGGAUUUCAGGAGCAUCUGCUUUACUCUAUGCUGGAAGAACUUGUUAGUACUGGACGUUUGAAAGGCACAGUGGUUGGUGGAAGGCAAGAUAAGGCUGUGUUUAUCCCUGACAUCUACUCCAGAACACAGAGCAACUGGGUGGAUUCGUUUUUCAAGCAAAAUGGUUAUUUAGAAUUUGAUGCAUUGUCCAGACUUGGCAUCCCAGACCCUGUGAACUACAUAAAGAAAAGGUACAAGUCCUUGCAGCUGUUGUUUCUGAAAUCAUCUUGUGUUGGUCAGGAAAUUGUGGAUCAAGUGGAGGCCUCCGUGGAUGAAGCCAUCAGCUCUGGAACGUGGGUGGAUAUAGCGCCUCUUCUUCCAAGUUCAUUCUCUGUAGAAGAUGCCAGCAUGUUGCUCCAGCAAGUGAUGAGAUCCUUCAGUAAACAACCUUCAACUCUGGUCUUUGGCGACACUAAUGUAGUCAGUGAGAAAUUUAUCAACAGCUGUACUGAUUUGUUUAGUGAUCUGAUGCACCAGAAAGCUGAAAAGGAGAUGAAAAAUAACCCUGUGCACUUAAUCACAGAAGAGGACCUGAAGCAGUCUGCAUUUGUAGAAAAUGCUUCUUCAAGUAAAAAAGACAAGAAAGAUGAAAGAAGAAAGAAAGCAGCAGAGGGCACUGGAAGUGUGAAAAGUAGCGGUGGAGGAAACGCCAGAGAAUUUAAGAUCAAGAAAGCCAAGAAGAAGGGCAGAAAAGAUGCUGACAGUGAUGAGGAAUCACAAACAAGCAGCUCAAAUAAGAGCAAGCACCUCGAGAUCCCUUUUCUGUCACCAGAAGAGAUUGAGGAUGUUUUAAGAAAACAUGUAAGGGACUGUCCUGAAGAGCUUAUAACAGAACUCGCUGACCAUCUAAUAAGGCCCUUGACCAAGAGUUACCAGGAAGCUGUGCGUUCUGUAUUUAUGUCCUCCACUUCUACUUACUCUGGAGCUAGCAGGAAAAAGACCAUCAAGGACUUGCAGGAAGAGGUGUCCAGCCUGUAUAAUAAUAUCCGAUUAUUUGAAAAAGGAGCAAAGCAUUUUACAGAUGAGACGCAAAGUAACAUUGCCAAGCACAUGCUGAAGACGUUUUGCACUGACAUCACUAACCUCAUCUUCAACUGCCUAGCUGCUGAUCAAAUGAUGGCAGCAGAAGACUACACUGCCAUUACCACCGAGAUGAGGAAAAAGAUUUUGAGUACUUUAUCUGAAGAGACAAGAGGUCCUUUAACAAAACUCCACAUUUCUCUGAAUGGCAAGAGCUUAGAAGAGUUUGUUUCCUGUCUCGAUGCUGCUGCAGAAGCUUGUGAUAUUAUGGUGAAAAAAGGUGAUAAGAAGAAAGAAAGGCAAAUCCUGUUCCAACACAGACAAGCUCUGAUUGAACAGCUGAAAGUCACAGAAGAUCCAGCUCUUGUUCUUCACCUGACAUCAGUCUUGCUGUUCCAGUUCUCAACACACUGCAUGCUUCAUGCACCCGGAAGAUGCGUGCCACAGAUCAUUACUUUCUUAAGUACAAAGAUCCCAGAGGAUCAGCAUUCUCUUCUUGUCAAAUACCAGGGGUUAGUAGUGAAACAGCUGAUAAGUCAAAAUAAGAAGAUUGGGCAAGGGGACGACGACUCAGUGGAUAACAACCUGAAUGCAGAAGAAAGCAUAGAGGCAAUCCGGAAAGAACUCCAGGAGCUGGCUGGCUCUGUCAAAGACCUUGUUCUCAGGCCCAGAAAAUCUUCUGUAACAGAGGAAUGAUAAUCUUAAUAAAACUCAUUCAGGAUGUUCAAAGAGUUGGGGUGUUUUCUUUGAGGAAAACUGUGAUAAUGCUUGAAAUAGCCUUGGCUUUUAGGAGCUGUGUUUGUAAUAAUUAUACUACAGUCCUAAACACAACAACCAUGUGGUUGGCAAAAAGAACUGAACUGCUUGUUGAAAAUGCAAGGCAGCAUAACCAAAGGGAGAAUUUGUCUUUAAAAAUAUUUUUGUAAUAUCUGGCAACUGAACAAAGCAUUUAUUUAGCUUUUAUAGAGUUAAGAAUUCUCAGUUUUGUAGGCCACAGAAACAGUGUUGGUCUCAAAGGAUGGAAGACGUUGAGCAUAUUUUUUUAAAACUGUUGGAUUGGAACUUGGUGUAGGACUAUGCAACUUUUUGCGUUUCAUAGAAUUCUGUCUGAUGAGUUCUUUGAAAUCUCAAAGCCUACAUAUUCACCAAAUAUGUUCUCGCACAAUGCUUGUGUUUUCCUUACAUAAAGAGAUGUCAUUUAUUCAAAAGGUUGUUGCUUAUAUGCAAAUGGAAGGUGUCCUUACAUUUCUGUUAACUGGACAUUCUCACAGAUAGAAGGGGAGAAAACAACCCCCUCCCCCGAACAGCCCUUUCAUUUCUCCAUCCUUUGCUACAGAGACCCUGCCAACUCUCCAGCGCUGAUUUCUAUGAGAUAUAGGGCACUUCAGAGAGAAGAAAGAAUUGGCUAAAUUUUCACCUGUAAGAGUUCUACUACUCAGGACUCAGAAGUCAACCAUAUAUCUCUGGAUUCUGUAUUUUUCCUUUACAAAUUACUAACCACUUAAAAAUGAAAUGUCACUAGAGCCUUUUUGCAGACAAAUUAAUUGUGUGUUUGUGUAUCAGGAAUACACAGUGCUCUGUGUCAUUUUAACAUUAUGGAGAGAAAUUGUUGUGGUUAAAAAAGUUAGCAUCCCCAAAUUAUUUUAGUCCUAAUAUUAGCAUAUAUAACCAGUUUGUUCGGGGGGGGGAGGGUGUCAGAGACACUUAAGAUCAUUGCUAGAGGACAAAUGUUGACAAAUGCCCAUUAAAGUGAUCUCUUAAACACACUCUGUGAUGUCCCAUUGCUAGAUACAUGUGACGUUUAAUAGUAUUUCACUCUGGUGUUUAUAACUUUGUAAUACCUUUAUUAUGAGACACAAUAUUUAAUCCAUUUAAAGAAGAAAAGACUAGGAAAAGGUUAUCAUUAGUUCCUAUGUCAGGUCUUUGUACAAGUCUUGGUUUUAUUGAGCAAAUCAUUCUCCCGAACUGCCAUUCAGUGAGAUUUUUGUUAUUGUUUGUGCCAGGCGUAACUCUUUUCAUUGCUGUUCCUGCUGUUUGCUGUAAUUUAGAUGCAUUUAUACCUCUUAGGGGUAUAAGUGACAUCAUACUUUCUUUUUUGUAUGGAACAUUUGGUUUAACAACAACAAAAAAGCAUUGCUGUUUCCCAUUGUAUUAAGUUACUUUGCAGCAACUUUGGGUUUCUUUUGCGGAUACUUGACUGCGAACAAGUUUUGAUGCCAAGUUCUGCCUGCCCUUAAGCCAGCUUUCUCUGCAUUCAUGAUGUAACUCAUGCAGAUUGGCUCCAAGCCAGACAAAAGAAAGGGAGCUAUGGCAAGGCAGCUGUGUCUGAAGUGGAAGCAAACUUGGAUUCCUUUAAAAUGUGAUUGGUUUGAAAAUGGCAGGAAUAUCUGCCCCACUAGAAGAAGUUUUAGUCUUUCCCUCGUUCCCUUUGUCAUUUGCAUCCCCACAGAAUUUUCCAUGCUGGUUCCCAUUCUUAGUAUUUAUUCGUUGUUCGCCUUGUAUUACUCCCAUCUCUUCCUGUUCAUUUUUUUUCUUCCUUCAAGUUUUCUUACAUAAGCUCUCCUUGCUCAGUGCUGCUGCUUUUUUCCAUGAAGCCCUUCUACCUUUCGUGCUUCUCCUGUUACUACUGUUAUUGUAAAAUGGAAAAUGAUUUUGAACGUUUGCAAUGAAAAUAUGGGGGCAAUAAGAUUGAAGAUUAUGUUACUCCUCUCAAAAGAAUCACAAUGUUUUUCUCUCCUCACGUGAAUUUUUGAUGCACACAAAAAUUCAAGCACCUUCAUCAGGGUGCCCAGUUAAAUUGGAAUGAUAAAAAAAUAUCUCCACAAUGAUGUCUACGACCAAAGGGGACCAUACUUCAACCAAAUGUGUACAGGAACCUGUAGUCCAUCUGAAAUAAGUUGUGUGGUGUGUUUUUUUAAUUUAAAAAAUGUAGCUGUUGUUACAUAAACUCAUUAAAUGACUAUAUUAACCUA